AUGACCUUAAAUCAGACCGAGUUUAUCGUUGUUGCUUGUAUUGGUGGGUCGUGGGCUUCAUGGUUAGUUCCGCCUCCUCAUCGGCUCAUCCAUGCUUCAAUUGCUUCGAAUCAAUCCAACCGACUCACAAUCGCUUCUUCCCCGUAUCUCUACAGAUCCCGAUCAAAGAAAGAGAUGGAAACCUUCCUAUUCACAUCAGAAUCCGUGAACGAAGGCCACCCAGACAAGCUCUGCGAUCAAGUCUCAGACGCCAUUCUAGACGCAUGUCUAGAACAAGACCCGGAAAGCAAAGGCGGUUGUGAAACCUGCACUAAAACCAACAUGGUUAUGGUCUUCGGUGAAAUCACCACCAAAGCUAAAGUUGAUUACGAGAAAAUCGUCCGUACAACUUGCAGAGAAAUCGGAUUUACAUCUCCCGAAGUCGGACUCGAUUUAACUGUUUUAUGCAUUGCUUCUACAGUUUGUAGAGGAAAUCGUGAUGCAUCUACAAACGGGAUGUUGGAGUGCUAA